AUGCUUUGGACUCUGCGUUCACCAUCCGUCCGACACCUCCAACCAUGCCUCGCUCGUAAACUCUCGUUUACGCCUAAUUCACGGCUACCUCGAAUAACCAAGGAUGCAGUCCGAGAAAUACCACCGUCGACGUCCUUCCGAGAGCAGGUAGCACGGAGCGCUGCGCCCAAGUCGUUUACGAGUGAGAUCAAGACUCCUCCGGUCAGGAACCAAGUAAUAGUCUUCUUGGUUGGCUCGUUUGCCGUCUAUUCGAUAGCGGCGGAGCAGUGCAAUGUUGAGACCGCGAAAUGGACGAAGAAGCUGUCUGGGAGCUCGCUCAUUUGGAAAGUCAGAGAGCCUACUAGUGAAGAGUUGCGCAAAGCCAAGCGGCUAGAAUUGGGGAGGAAACUCCAAGCGGGCUUAUCAAGCCUGAAGGACAUGACCGAGGGUUGGUCCCAGACGAUGCGGGGUCUCGCAGUCUGGUCCUACAUUCAAGUUUUUCAGCCUAUACUCGAUGCAGGCGAUGGCAAGAGGACGUGCUGGGCCAUCGGUGGUGUGAACACACUCGUAUGGGCGGCUUGGCAGGUCCCGAAGUUCCAGCCUUUCAUGAUGAAGCACUUUGCACAUAACCCGCUAUCGGGCAUAUCUUACACUCUGCUCACUAGCAUGUUCAGUCAUCGGAGCUUCUUGCACUUGCUGUUUAACUGCAUGGCGCUGGCUAGUUUUGGUAAGUCUUCCGGGGUUGCAGCCUCAGUCCAUCUCAUGAAGGAACAAGCGAAAAAUCCGCAUGGAAUACAGGAAACCGAUGUCACAUGGCAUUUUUUAGCCUUCUACAUGUCUGCCGGGCUGUUUUCUGGCAUGACGUCGCAUGUCAUGACCUCAAAAGUCCUAUACCCCAGAAUGAUCGCCCGCCUAACUUCGAAAGCGAAGCCUGUGGACGCUGCAGCGGUAGCUAAGACCUCUGAGACUAUCACAGAGACUUCGGAGAAGACCAUUCUUCCAUCACUGGGAGCCUCUGGAGCGAUAUACGCCGCGGUGACACUUACUGCCCUUGCCUUCCCCCACACGGAGAUCGCCCUCAUGAUUCCGCCGUCCUUCCCAAUACCUAUCCAGUGGGGCGUCGGCGGAAUUGUCGCUCUGGAUGUUAUCGGUGCUUUACGUGGAUGGAGGUUCUUUGACCACUGGGCGCACCUCGGCGGCGCCGCAUUUGGCGCGUGGUAUUAUAAUUAUGGCCCACAUAUGUGGAACUCUGUUCGCGCGACGCACCUUGAAGCAUCACAGAAGGUUCAGCGUCCCGAAAAAACGGACUAA